CCAGCACAGACUCCCUAAAACAUCCACAAUAUCCGCGCCAUCUUCUUCUAAUUUCAGAUACCUCCGACAUCCUUACAAAGAACACACACCUAGCAACCGAAAACCCCAACGCACCAGGUGUCACGAACCGAAACCUCCCGACGAAAAGCGAAAAGGAAAUCAAACAGCUGUCCAUGCUCCUCCUCCCUUCGCCAUGGCUAGCGUCACACAGCGUCUCGGUUAUUUGUUUUACGCCGUGAACCCUAAAUCAACCCUUUUCAAGCACCCGGAGGAAGUCCCGCGAUAUGAGAAUGAGACUUUAUUCGUCAUCCUAGCAUUGGUUGUGAUAGAACUAGCGUACAGGGUUUGCCACGGGAGGCAACUACGAGCCAACGAGAUUAUCACAUCGUUAGCCAUCGGUUUGCUCCACGAAACUACCGUAUUCAUCUCCGAGGGCGCCAUCUUGUUAGGCUACGAGUGGCUGUACCAGUACCGCGUGCUAGACUUCCAGUGGGACUCCCUGUACACGUGGUGGGCCGCCUUCUUCUUCGUCGACUUCUUACUACUGGUCCAUGGGCGAACCACGGAGGGACAGUACCUUGUGGGUCAAACUAUGGCCAACCUUUGUGCUUCUUUGCUCACUGGAGGAUAUUUGGCAAAGCUCUGUCAAAGGACCUGGCUUCGAAAUAUAGUUUAUAGAACAGAAACCAGUGUGCCAGUAUAUGUACACAUCACUGCAGAUUCCGAGGCCAGUAAUAACAUAGCCAAUAUUUUCCAGAGGUCAACCUCCUGUGGGCAGCCCACCAAGUCCACCAUUCCUCCGAGGACUACACUCUCCCCACAGCAGUCCGCGUGUCCGUCUUCCAGCGCAUGA